AUGCCGGCUGCCACGAGCGAAGCGCCGGCUGUGGCGCUAUCCUUCGCCAACAACUUCUGGGGCAAGGACGAUGCGGGUGUCCAACCUCUUCUCGAGCGCAUGUCCGCUGCCAAAACGACAUGCGAUGAGCUUAAGAGCUUCUACACAGCGCGGGCAAAGAUCGAAGAGGAAUUUUCCCGACAGCUCCUCAAUCUAAGUCGCAAAUCCCUCGGUUCGCAAGAGACUGGCACCCUAAAACUCUCCCUUGAUACCGUCCGACAAGAGGUGGAAUCCAUGGGCAAGCAACACCAGGCCAUCGCCGUCCAGAUGAGGAGCGAACUCGAAGAACCACUCGUUGCCUUCGCCGGCGCCAUGAAGGAGCGUCGCAAGAUCGUCCAGAACACCGUCGAAAAGUUGCUGAAAGUCAAGGUACAGCAGACCCAAGCUGUGAACAAAACAAGAGACCGCUAUGAGCAGGAAUCUCUCAAGAUCAAGGGAUACCUCGCCCAGGGCCACAUGGUCAUGGGCCAGGAGGAACGCAAGAACAAGGCUAAACUCGAAAAGACACAGAUCAGCCUCGCCAGCUCCAACGCCGACUACGAGGCUGCCGUCAAGGCCCUCGAAAAGACGACCGCCCGCUGGAACCAGGAAUGGAAGGCCGCUGCUGACAAGUUCCAGGACCUGGAGGAGGAGAGACUGGAUUUUACCAAGAGCAGUCUCUGGACGUUUGCUAACAUUGCCUCCACGGUUUGCGUCAGCGAUGACGCCUCGUGCGAGAAGAUCCGGUUGUCACUGGAGAAGAUGGAGGUCGAGAAGGAUAUUGCUACUUUCAUCAAGGAGAAGGGCACCGGUCAGGAAAUUCCGGAUCCUCCCAAGUACAUCAACUUUUGCCGGGGUGAUGUCGAUGCACAAUCCGAGAUCUCGGUCGAGCCAGAUUCCGACGCCUUCUCGGUUGCCCAGUUCCCCAGGAGCAUCAACCCAGCAUUCCGCUCGUCAUCGCCACAGCCUAGCACAUACGAGUCGCACCAUGAUCCUAACAAUGCUUUGUUGAAGACGCUAGGCCAUGAUAUCUCUGUGGGUGUUAACGGCAGUCGCGAGACCACGGCCACACCGUCCAAACUUCCAACCAUUCCGGCAGCGGCACUGACGAUGCCACCUCAGCAACAACAGAUUGAAGCCCCUCCUCCCCAACAACAACAACAACAACAACAACAACAACCGGCGCCACCGCAGCAGCAGCAGCAGCAGCAACAAUUGGUACAACAAAGACCGCAGCUACAGCAGAGGAGGACUACGCAGCACAGCCUUCACGAGGAACAGCGGAGGCAGCAACAGCAGGUGGCAAGAGCUCCGCAGAAUACGCGCGCCGCCAACAACGCUGAGUAUGAUGCAACUGAUUCUACUCAUAUUCCGCAUAGUCCACACCCGCUGGACGGCAUGGCAUUGCUCAGUCGUCCCCCAGGUCCAGUUUCUUCUGAUCUUGAUUUUAACGCAGUGCCAUCAACCAGCACUAAUGCCCGUCCCUCUCGCAGAGGAGACAAGAGUAGCGAAUCGACGUUGGAAGAGCUACAACAACAGCUUCUACAGUCUGGACCCAUGUCACCUGUUAAGCAAAUACAACAGCAGCAACCACAGACGCCGCAAACCCCGCUCGAUCUGGUUCCCGCUAAUGGUGCACAGUCUGGCUCGGCCUCACCCGAGAAGAAGGAAUUGCCCAAGAGGAAGAGUGGUUUCUUCGCUAACAAUAGCCCUUUCAGGAGGAGGAGUACCAAGGAACUUCAGCAGCAGGCCACUGGGAGCAGUGGGAGCAGGCAGACUUGGUAUGGAGGACAGAGUGGACAGAGUAGUAGCAUGGGCAACAGGACGCCCCGGACUAAUGCUAGUCCCACCAAGGAGAACAACAUACCUCUCGGCAUUGAACGUUCCGUCAGCCCUGAUCCCAUUGCUGCUAAUGCCAGCUUGGCUCUGAAUAUUGGUGGAAACGUAUUUGCGGUCGAUGCGCUUGACAAGCGGAAGGGUCAGCAGCAGCAACAACAACAGCAACCGGCACCCGACGAUGAUCCCAUUGCCUUGGCGUUGGCCGAGUUAAAGGGCGUCACCAGCAACACUGGGAACCAAAGCAGCACGAGCCGGACUGAGAUGAACAAGCAAAUGUCUAUCCGCAUGUCAGCCGAUCAUUACCACGGAAUCGCCACUCCUGCUCCUCCUGGUGCUGGCGGUCCUCAGCAAUCCGGCAACGUCUCCCCCGGUGGUCGCAACGCCAGCUCUAACAGCAUGCACCACAGCCGAAGCAACAGUGACUUGGGCUUGCCACCCGUUAUCCCCGGCGCCAGCAACGGCACGCGUGCCACUCCUCCGCCAUCUUACGACGGCAUGCAAGGCGCCAUGGUACCAGUCUCACGUCUUGGUGUGCCGCCUCCCGCUGUCACCAGCCGAGCCAUGAAGGAAUCCAGCCAAAAAUUCCAAGCCCAAACGCGGAGUCUGUUCUCUAACGGAGGCAGCUCCAGCGCAGGAGACCAACGGUCCAGUUCCGGUUCCGCCAACUACCAAAGCCGUUCCCGCGGCGGGAGCACCGAGAUCCCUCGCGCUGCCAGCCCCCGCCCUGGCUCUCGUGCAGCCUCCCCUCGACCCGGCAGUCAUGCCGCUUAUGGCAGCAGCUGGUCCGGUAACAACGCGCCCGACGAUCGCGGCUACCGCUCCGCCUCGCCCAACCCCUACGGCGGCUCCUCGAACCCGGGGAGCAUGAACAGCCGUCACGCGCACUCCCAAUCCAUGGGCCCCAUGGGCAUCCCGGCCCAAGGCCAACAACCUCGUCGCUCAGACACGCAGUACACGCGCCACGGAAGCAUGGACUACCGCGGGUCUUCAUCCACCAUGUACCAAGCUGGUGGCGGGAGCGGCGCCGUGUCACCGGUGGACAUGGCCCGGUCUGUGUCUCCUUCGCCUUUUACCAGCGGAGUCAACCGCCCGGGAUCGAGUCUCGACCAUACACAAAACCAUAUGCAAUUGGCGCACUACGGACCGGGUGCGCAAGGGCAGCCGGAUGAUGGGUACACGAGCGGUAGCUCGAUGCGCGGACGGUAUGGCACACAAUCUAGUAGGCCAGAUAGAGAGACGAUGACGGGGACAAGGAUGAGUUUCUACGGUGAUGGACAGAUGGUUCCGGCUUCAAUGAUGGCGGGCGGCGGCGGAACAGUGCAUGGACGCGGGAGGAGUAGGAGUGUGGUGGAUGCGGCACGAGGAGGGGCGCCACCGGGAGGUGGACAGGGGCAGUAUACCAGGGAUGGGAGGGUUAUUCUUCAUUUUGCGAAAGCGAUGUACAUGUACCAAGCGGCCAUUGCGGAAGAGCUGGGCUUUGCCAAGGGCGACAUCCUGGCGGUGCUGAGACAUCAGGAUGAUGGAUGGUGGGAGGCAACGGUGCAUGGUGGAAAUGGACAGGUUGGGUUGGUGCCGAGCAAUUACUUGCAGGUGCUGUGA